AUGACUGUCAAAGUCGAGGAAACGCAAAGUAUAGACCACAUGGCAACACUACGUCAGAAGUGCGUGGCGUGCUUCCGAGGGAUCAACCUCGUGAAGACGGUGGUCGUAAUCGGAUGCUUGGCGGUCGUGGUGCAGCAGAUAAUAUCCUGCAUCCAGAAACUAACGAACAUUCCGAUCACGACGCACACGCACUUCGACUUCAACAAGACCAUCCUGUACCCCAGCGUCACGUUCUGCAGAGAGCCGGCGUACAAGUACCAUAAACUGGAAGAGUACGGACUGUACUCUCAUCCUCGCUACACAUCUACGUGGAGGAAUUUCAACUUCUCCCGCACGCCUCUCGAUAAGCUCUGGAAUGAAAUUACGUAUAAUCAAGAUGAUUAUUUCGUUCAGUAUGGAUUGGAUUCUUUACGCGAUAACGUAGAACUAACAGAAACAAUGGGCUUCGUAACCGGCCGCUGCUACACGCUAACCCCCCGCCGGAGAGACAUCCAAGCGUCCAAGUCGAGAGGGUACUCCGUAACGCUGCAGCAUACUGCCGAGGACAUCGCCACGGCUACCAGCGUUCUUCCACCGGGCUACCACGUGCAUAUACAUUAUGAGAGGGAACCGUAUACUGAGGUGGACGUAUACAACGGUGGUCUAGUGGACUACCUGUACAUCAACACGGGGGAGACGUUAGACGUGAAGCUGACAGUCAACCAGUACUUGAUGAUCAGCGACGAGCAGACGCCCUGCACUGACGAGGGGAACUAUAGCGCGAACUAUUGUACAACAAAGUUCGUCUGGGAUGAAGUGGGUAAAGAUGUGAACUGCUCUGGGCCCUGGAUGGAGAGUCCGCUACCACAUUGCAACAACUUCAAUGAUAUGAGGAGGAUCAUUUCUUCUUACAUGAACAAAUAUGUGAACCACGAUUGCGAAACGUGUCCCCGCAUCUGUCAAUCACUUCUGUACAGUGCGUAUGUGACAGACAGACAGAAGUACUACACUUGGGAUACAGCCUCCAACGCCUGGUCUGCUGCCGUGAGCGAUGCUAAAUUGCAGACACAGAUUUACAUCCACUUCAACAACAUGAUGGUAUCGGUAUUUGAAGAGAAGUACAACUACGAUUGGAAUCUUUUCUUGUCGGAUUUGGGCGGGAGUGUCGGUUUCCUGCUGGGUCUGUCGGUGAUAGGUCUGAUUAACAUUUUGGGUAAUCUGUGGACGGAGAUGGAGCCGCUAGUGUGCGCGCGCACCAAGCAGUCGCGCUAUGGCGAGCCUUCCAAGACCCGACACAAUGUGUACUAGGUGUAUUCAGAUCUCUUCCCAUCAUAGGGCCCUUUUCGAUUUUAGUUCAACAAGGGGCUACUGAAAAUCAGCGCUGCGCAAUACGUCAUCCUGAGUAGUCACCCUUUUUUAGCACCACUUAUAAGCUA